UGGCGACUCCGCAACCACCAACAAUUUGCAUACUCGAUUCGACAACAGAGAACAACUCCAUUCCAAGAACAGCAGCAGCCCAUCAUUACACCAACAUCCACUGGCUAACUAGCUCAAAACUUGUUCUAAUUGACGUAGAGAUAUUAUUUCCCUGCUGAUCCAAGACUCAAUAACCCGGCUAUGGCAACGAUCAUCAAGAACUGAUGCCAGGAGCCGUGGAAAACAAGGGUCCUCAUACAACAUCCACCUUGUCGCGAUCCAGCUGCCAUUGGUCUAUUAUUUCACAGCUACGAAAGUACAUAUUGGUAUAGUAUCUUAACGGUCUAGAGUUGUCUAUGGUAUUCUCAUGCUCUGUUCCUUUGCUUGAGGGGUUUCCAAGUGGUGGGUUAUUCUCUUGGUUCGAUUACUCAACUCGACUGUUCACGUCAAAGCCAUCUCUCUCUUCUAUCCUCUUUUCUUGGCUUCAAUAUGUUACCGUCAGCAAGUAGACGUCAUUGUCUUACCUCCUUGGCAACAAAGCCAGGAGUCAGUGCAGGGAGCUGCAGAGCACUUAAAACCAGCCAGGUCCGGCCCCUGCUGCAGCAGCCUUUCACUAUUCAUCAGUCAUUGUCAUUUUCAUUGUCUUCGUCUUCCUCUUCCACUCUUCGUCAGUACAGUACGAGUCCGAAAUUGCAGAUAUCAUCGGAAUUGAAAAUGGCCGCGCAACAGAAUAACGAGAUGUUCAAACUCUCGGAGCUGUUUAAUGUCAAGGACAAAGUUGCCUUGAUUACGGGUGGAGGCUCUGGUAUCGGCCUGAUGGCCACACAAGCCCUCGCCGUCAACGGAGCCAAGGUAUACAUCGUCGGCCGGACAUCAGAGAAGCUCGACAGGGUCGCCGAACUCUACGGGAAGAAUAUCCCCGGCCAGAUCAUCCCCAUCAACGCCGACAUUUCAAAGAAAGAAGAAAUGCAGAAGCUCGUCAAGGAGAUCGAGUCUCGGGAAAAGCACGUCUCGAUCCUAAUCAACAACGCCGGUAUCUCCAGCACAACGACUGCGACCGAGCCCGAGGACCCGCACGAGCUCCGCAAGAACCUGUUUGACCAAGAAGCCGCCAACGUCGAGGACUGGGAGAAUGUGUGGCGCACGAACGUCUAUCAACUCUAUCUCAUGACGACGGCCUUCCUGCCGCUCUUGCAGAAGGGCACUGAGGCCGAAUACGGCUUCUCCAGUACAGUCAUCAAUAUCUCUUCGAUCUCCGGCAUUGUCAAGACCUCUCAGCACCACUUCGCCUAUAACGCCUCCAAGGCGGCAGCGAUCCAUCUGAACAGAAUGCUUGCGCACGAGGUAGCGUCGUCGAAUCUGAAGAUCCGAAUCAAUAACAUUGCUCCUGGUGUCUUCCCUAGUGAGAUGACUGCCGGUGAGAGCGAUGAGAAACAGAAGAGCGCCAUCCCGCGUGAGAAGUACGAGUCGAAGGUCCCUGCUGCUCGGCCCGGUCAUGAGCGUGAUAUGGCCAAUGCUGUCCUCUUCGCUGCUACGAAUCAGUAUGUGAACGGACAGACCAUUGUUGUUGAUGGCGGGUAUGUCUUGGCUGCUGGGACGGUCUAACCUGAUCUAUAAGCCGGGAAAAAAGGAUGUUAAUAUAAUAGCUGGAUGCACGGCAAAUAAAAACGCUGUAUUAUAGUGCAAAGAAGCAUAGUAACGAUCAUGUAUGAUUAUGUUUAAUCUCAACCGUUAUGGACGAUCUAAUUUGGAGU